CCCAAAAACCCUAGCAAUAGCAUAUCUUGUCCUACAACCGGCUACUGAGUAAUCAAUCAGCCAUGGGUAAGGUACACGGAUCAUUAGCACGUGCUGGUAAGGUAAGAGGACAAACACCAAAGGUAGCAAAACAGGAUAAGAAAAAGAAGCCUAGAGGACGUGCCCACAAGCGUAUGCAAUACAAUCGCAGAUUCGUCACUGCUGUUGUUGGGUUUGGAAAGAAGAGAGGACCAAACUCUUCUGAGAAGUAGACGAUGACAUCAGUUACUUUACAAGAGUUUUCGCCUUUGUUUUGUUUGUAAAUUUUGAUUCUCAGACAUCAUGAUGAUAGACGACUAGUUUACUACGGAUAUUUGUAGGAUGGAAGGGUACUUCUGUUUUGCAAGAAUUAAUUGAAUUUUAUCCUUGGUCUUUUAUAUUUUAUCAAAUCAUUUUUAUUCA